GUACAUUGUAGAUUCCUAGGAGCCUAAAAGUACGUGCACAGUCGGUGACGACUCGGAGCGUCUCACGGUGUUCAGUAGAUUAUCAAGAACGGCAGAGUUAGCGUUAUGGUGUCUGCUGGCUGGACGGACGGGCUUAGCCUUCUUGCAUCUCAGUCUCCUCAAAUCUUCGUCCAUAGAUGAGGCGGUUGCCGUUGCUUUAGCGGAGAAUGUGUGGAGAAUUCAGGGAAGCAUCGCAGACCGAAGUAAAAGAUGGCGACCCGCUUCAGAGGGUCGUGUAGUAGCAGUGAUAUGAGACUUAUCCAUUCUUUUUAUUCAUAAGUUGAAUUCGUUCAUAAGUUAAAUUUGUAGGCUUCUGUAAAGAGGCUUCGGUAAUGGAGUCGGUGAUUCUGGAGGAGGAGAUCGACGAGAGCUACGAGCCGACGCAGGAUGAUAUCCUGGAGUACGCGCAAUGGCUGGGGAUGGAGCUUCCGGGGGAGGAGGAUCUGCUGUGGGUCGCACGGCAGGGGCUGAAGUCGCCUCUGCCGCCUAACUGGAAGCCGUGCCGCACAGAGGACGAAGAGAUCUAUUAUUUCAACUUUCAAACCGGCGAGAGUGUGUGGGACCACCCCUGCGACGACCACUACCGCGCGCUCUACCACCAGGAGAAGGCCAAACUGCUCGCCAGCAGACGAGCGGCUGCUGGGAGCGCGGAGAGUGGGGGAAGGAGAGGAGGGAUGGGGAUGGGGAUGGAUGGAGAGACUUAUGUGCGGCAGGCGUCGCUACCACCGCAGUCGGGAGAGGCGCGUCAGCGGAACUUGUUCCGGCAAGGAUCCUUGCAGCCCAACUCUGCAGCUGUUUUGCGCCAACAGAAAGGCUCCCCUGGACACGCCCAAGCCCAGCAGUCGCACCUGCGACCUCAGCAGCAGCAGCAGCAGAUUCUGCACCAGCAGCAACAACAUCAUCAGCAUCAGCAGCAGCAGCACCAGCAGCAGGCGCGGAAUCAAGUACAAGGAGCAAGAAGCCGUGCCAAUGAGCCUCCAUUGGAGCUCAUGCAUCAAGUCACCUGGUCUCCCGAACCUCGCUCGGUUCGACAGUCUGCCGAGGCUGCCAGCCUCGCUCGGGCCGGCUCCGUGCCUGCUGUGGCGAAUGGAGUGAGGAGUCUACCUGCUGAAACUGAGGAGGAAGAAGAGUGGGCCAGCUCAGAUGACGGCCUCUCAGAAAUCCCCUCUGCUUCAUCCCACACUGCUGCUGCCUCCGCCUCGCCUCUUGCUGCCUCUGCUGCCGCUGCAGCCGUUGCCACCGCUAAGGCUGCUGCUGCUGCUGCCGCUGCAGGCGCAGCUGCUUCUGGUGGGAAUGCUGCUGGUGCUGCUGCUACUGCUGCUGCCGCUGCUGCCGCUGCUGCUGGUGGGACAUCUUUCCAACAGCAGGCACAGCAGCAACACAAGUCCGGACCUAACGGUUCGGACGUGGGCAUAGGAGGAGGGGAAGCGGGUGGUGGGGAUUCAGCUGCUGCUGGCGCUGCUGCAAGUGGAGCAAUAGGUACCGCUGUUGCUGGGUCGAGGCUGGCAGCAGUCAUGGGGCAGGAUGUGCGGCGAACCUUCUCAGAUCCUAAAAGGGCUUCAGGGUUCGCUGGUGCCGCUGCUGGUAACCCUGUUACUGCUGGUGGUGGUAACCCUGCUGCUGCUCGGGGUGUUGGUGCUGUGGCUUGUGCGGCAGGGGUAGCAGCAGGAGCAGAGGGGAAGGAGAGGAGGAGAUCCUUGGAUGGAGCUGUUGAGUCGCGAGGAGGGGGAGGAGGAGGAGAGGGGGGAAGAGCAGGGGGAGGCGGUGGCAGUGGGACUUUCAAACGGGCGGAUAGUGGCAAUACUAAGGGUGUUUUUCGUGUUGAUGCGCCUAAGCUACCAGGCAGUGGGAGCUUUAAGAGGGCUGACAGCGGGGAGUCGAAAGCCAUGCUAGGAAGCAGUGGGAGCUUCAAGCGGGCGGACAGUGGGGAUUCUAAGGGCGCUCUGAGCCUGGGGGCUCCGAAAAUUGGCGGCAGUGGGAGUUUCAAGAGGGCGGACAGCGCAGAGUCCAAACGCCUGCAGAAAAUUGAGGCGCCUAGAAAGGGAGGCAGUGGUAGCUUCAAGAGGGCGGACAGUGGGGAUUCUAAGGGCGCUCUGAGCCUGGGGGCUCCGAAAAUAGGAAGCAGUGGGAACUUCAAGCGGGCGGGCAGUGGGGAGUUGAGGGGCACGCUUAGGCCCUGGCAUGUAGGGGGUGGGGAGGAGAUGAAGCAGCAGCAGCCGCAGCAGAGAGGGCCAGCAGUAGCUGGUUUAGAAUCUUCUUCUGCUGCUGCUGGUGGUGGUGCUGCUGCUGCUGCUGCUGGUGCUGCUGCUGCCAAAGCAGGCUCUGCGUCUUCACUCAAGGACCCCUGGGCGUUUAAACAGGAGGAGCUGGUGGCGCUGCUGGACGGGGACGCUGCCAGGGAGGCUGUGAGGAGACGAAAGAUAACAGAGGGAGAGGACGAGGAGGCAGUGGGAGUGAGGGAGAUAGCAGCGGUGGCUCAGAGGCGCAUCGACGUGUUUGAGGCGGAGUGUGAUGGACGGCUGGCGAGGAUACGGGCAGAGAGAGAAGCGCUGAUUCAGAGCAGGGAAGCGGAGAUCACUCAACUGGCAGAGCGCUUGAACACGCCGUUUGAUGUGGGGGCGUUGUCUCAGGCAAGAAGCGCAGCGAUGGAGGAGGGGAGGGCGCUGGUGUCCCGGGAGAGAGAGGCGGCAGUGGUGGCAGCACGGGAGGAGGUGGAUCGGGAGAAGCAGCGCGUGCUGGCCCGGCUGGUGGAGGAGCUCGGGGCUCAACUGGCCGCUGAACGGAGGAGACUGCAGAUAGACCCUCAGUCUUUGGAGGAAGCGAACAGGGGAGAUGGUUUGAAUCCGCGGGAGAGGGAGGUGCGAGAGGAAGGGGAGAGGAGGAAAGCUGCGCGGUUGGUUGUAGUAGAGAGGAGUAUAGAGGCUGAGAUGAAGGGGUUGCAGGAGGAGAGGUGGGGAGGGGUGGUGGAGAGGGUGAGAGGAAAGGUGAAAGAUGCAGGAAUGGGGUUGGAUGGAGGGGAGGAGGGGAGGGUGUUGGGGUUUGUGCGGGAGGCGUUGGAGGAGGAGAGGAGGGAGGUGAGAGAGAGUAGGCUGGAGCGGGCUCUUGUAGCGGCUGAGGAGGAGGAGAGGGAGGUGCGGGAGAGAGUGAGGGAGAGAGUGAGGGAGGGAGUGAGGGAGGGAGUGAGAAAGGUGGUGGAUGAAGAGAUGGAGGAGGGGGAGGAGGAGGAGGUGAGGGUGAGGGUGAGGGAUAAGAGGCCUGGGGAUGAUGAGGGGACGAGGCUUAUAUCCGAGAAGGAAGGUGGGGAGGGGAGCGAAGGGGCAGAAUAUGGGAAGGAAGGGGUGGUGAUUUCUGAAGCAGGUCAAACCAAGGAAAGGGCAAAGGGAGUGUAUGGUGGGGGGGAUGGGGAUGGUGAUGGUGAUUUAGAGGGGAGGAGGGAGGGUAUGAGGGAGAGAAUGCAGCAGGAACUGCAGGAGGGGAUGGAGAGGGAGAGGGAACGUCUGUGGGAGGAAAUGCGGGCAGAUGUGGUGAGCCAAUUGGAGCGCAGGAAAACGGAGCUGCUUGCUGACGUGGCGAGGAAAGUGGAUGCUGACGUGGCCGAGGAGUAUGAGAAGGCGAGGCAGCAGCGGGAGGAGGAGAUAGAGAGGAAGAUUUGGGAUGAGAAGGUUGCUGAGCUGGACGGGCAGAUAAACGAAAUGCUGGAGAAGGAGCGAGAGGAGCGGCUCAAAGCUGCCCGGAAAAUGAUGGAGGCGAGCCUGAGGCGGCAAAUAGUGGCUGAGAAGGAAGAAAACCUGGGCAGGUGCAGAAAAAUGUGGGAUGAUAUGGAAGCAGAGGGGAGGAAAGAGUGGAUGGCAGAAGCAAGAGAAGGAAACCUAGAGCAGAGACCGGAUGAGUUGAGGGGUAAAGUGCGGGGUGAGGUUGAUUCGGAGGUGGGGGAAUUCCGAGCCAGAAUGCUAGCUUCGGUAGCUGAGGAGGAGAAGAGCCUGAGGGCGAACCUGAGGGAGCGUAAGGAUCGGGAACUGGCUCGGGCCGAUCGUGAGCUUCGGCGGCAUCAGGAGGAGCUGCAGCUCCGGGCGGCUCAGGUGCUGGACUCGUUCCGAACCGACCUGCAGGUUCGGCUGGAGGGCGAGAAGCUGAAGCUUCGGAGGGAGGCGGUUCGGAUGCUGGAAAGGUGGAGGGAAGAUCUAGAAAUUAAGGUGCAGAGGAAGGUUCAAGGAAUGAGGGUGGAGUUACAGAUGAGGCUGGAAGCGACUAGGAGGGAGAUGGAGAUAGGGAUGAGGAAGAAGGUGGAGGAGGAGAGGGUGUGGCGGCUUGAGAAGCUGAGCUGGGAGUUGAAGGAGGAAGAGAGGGAGCUUAGGAGGGAGUGGAGUGCGGUGAUGGCGCGAGACCAGCAGGUGAUGCUGGGGGCCCCGAGGGGUAGAGAGGAACAGGUGUUGCUGGGGGGGUCACGGCAUUCUAUGGGCGUAGGACUGAGGGAGGAGCGGACGGAGUUUGGGAGCCUAAGGGAUUCUAAAGCUGGUGGAGGGAGAGGAGACGCCCAAGCGUGGAGGCAGCAGCAGCAGCAGCAGCAGCAGAGGCUGCACCUGGGGGAGGGGCAUCUGGGGGAGGGGUUGUUUGUUGGGAGGCGUGUAGUGGAGGGCAGUUUAGGGAUGGAGUCAGAUUUUAGCCGGGAUGGUAUGGAUGGGGAUGGGGGUGGGGAUGGAACGGGGGGUAUGGAGUUUCUGCUCAUGUCGUCGCCAGGAGCCAGGCCGGAGCACAGGAGGGCGAGGGGAGGGGCGCAGGGGAUUGGGGGGGCUAUUGCAGGGGCAGAGGGAGGGGCGCAGGGGCAAUACGUAGAGGGCUUUGGGGAGGGUGGAUAUGGGGGAGGCCGUUCUGGGACAGGUGGGUUUGGAGCAAGUGCUGGUGGUCGUGGUGGGUAUGCUUCUAUGGCUGCUGGCUGUGCUGCUGCUGCUGGUGCUGCUGGUAGUGCUGCUGGUGUUUCCCGAGGGCGGUUGGAUGGCAUAGGGGGCACUGGAGGGGGGUUCCUGGCGCUGGAAGACUUUGGCCUGCCUGAAGGGAGAGUGGGGAGGGCGGGGGGCAGUGGUAUGAUGCAGAGGCAGCAGCAGCAGCAGCAGCAGCAGCAGCAGCAGAGCCAUCAGGGGCAGCAGCUUCGGGAGCAGUUUCAGCAGGGUCGGCAGGGCGGAAGUGAUGUAACUGUCAGUUUAAGCCGGGGGGUUGGGGAACUCAGGGGGUGGGGAGCAGCAGCAGCAGCAGCAGCAGCAGCAGUAGAGGCUGGAAGAGGAAGCGGCGGAGGGAGAGGAGGGGGAAGUUAUGGUGGUGGUGACACGGUAACUGGCAGUGGUUACAAGCAAUUUGAGACGCGUUUUGAGACGUCCCAAAGGCGUGUACAGGGAGGGAGUGAAGAGGAGGAGGGAGCGGAUGGGCCUGUAUCGAGUCGGAUGGUCCCGGAUGUGACUAUAUCGGAUGAGGGUACAAAGAGGGAGGCGGAUUCUUACACCAGGAGUCGGGCCAAUGGACAGACUAUGCUUUCGGACGUCGAUGCUGAUGCUGGCGCCGCCGCUGCUGCUGCUGCUGCUGCUGCUGCUGCUAGUGCGGCUGUUGGUGGUUCUGCUGGUGCUGUUGGUGAUGCAUCUGCUCCUGCUGAGGCAGCAGCAUAUGCCGCCGGUAGUGGGGCUCAAGAAAACACUCCACCCCAAGCCUCUGACUUCCAGACCCUUCUUCCUUUCCAAGGAGCCCAAUACGACUCGGGCAGCAAUUUCGGGGAGAGCUCCUGCGAGUUGUUCCCAAGGUUUCUUCUCGGGCAGCCUGGGCAAGCAGAAGGAAGCGGAUUGGCCGGGGACUGGAUGGGCAGAGGGGGGAUUCGGCCUGGGGGAGGGGGGAGGAAAAUGAGGAGCCGGGGGAAGGGCAAUCGGACGUCUGGGAGUGGAUCUGGCCACGAUCGGACGGUGGAGAACGGUCAUGGUUCUAUGGAUGUGCAUCCAACGAACGGGGGAUACUACUCGGAAUGGAGUGACUCGGACUCAGAGGAGCUGGGGGAGUUAAGGGAAGGGAACCUGAGGGCGGGGGACCUGAGGGCGGGGAGAAGAGGGUUCGACAGCGCUGGAGGGGCGUUCGGCGACGGAGGGCUAUCUUUUGGAGAGCGCGCCAGUAUGAUGCAACGAGCCAGGCAGUUUGCAGCGGAGCAGAAGAAGAGCUUGAAGGAGAGAGAAGCGGUGAUAGAAGCAGCAAGGAAGGACUGGCGGAGCCGCAUGCAGGCAGUGCAGGAGUUGUCGGAUGAAGAUGAGAGGAGGCGCAAAGUCCAGCACCUGAUGGACAUCAAAGCCACGCUGGACCAGCAUGUGAGGGAGCUCAACGACGACACGAGAAGCGUCAGACAGCUCAGGAAGAACCUCCUCGCCUUCUCCCGCAACUCAGCCUCUGCUGCUGCUGUUGGUGGUGCUGCUGGUGGUGGUCUAAGGGGCAGUGGGAACCUAAGUGCCAGUGGUGGUUUUAGUGCGGGAGAGUUGGUGUGGUUCGGGAGGAGAAGAGGGGGGAGGGAGCGAGUGGGAGGAUGGCUGGGAGGCGGGAUGGGAGGGGGAGUAGGUAUCCCGCCAGGUGGCGGCGUGCGAUUGGACCAGAACGGCCCGCUGCUGAAUUUCCCACCGAAUGCGAUCAUGUCCCCAGCCUCGUCGUUUGGUUCGGCAACGAUGCAGGACGGGAACCCGGACCUAAGCGAUGUGAGCGACAACUCAGGUUCGGUAAGGAUGUUCCCUGCAGAAAGGGCUGCAGAACGGGCUUCUGGCAGGGAUGCUGGGACUGCUGGGGAUGCCUCUCCCUUGUAUUCCCCUGUGGGGAGAGAUGCUGGACAAGGCAUGCUGGGUGCACAGGCAGAGGGGAGGAGAGAUGGAGUGGGGAGGGGAGGUGAUUGGAGGCAGGGGAGGGUUGGUACCAGUGUGACUGGCGCUGCUGCUGCUGCUGCUGCUGCUGCUGGUGUAACAGUUGCAAUAACUGGUGCUGCUACUGGCAGCCGCCAAGGGGUUGGGGUGACAUCGGAGAGUGGAAGUGUGGGAGGAGGAAAAGGAGGGGAAGCAGGAGGAAGGAUUGAGGGUGGAAGGGAGGGGAGGAGGAUAGCUGAAGGUGCAAAGCAGGGCGCAAGGGAUGUUGAUAGCGCACUACGAGAACCAAGGAGUGUGAGCGGUGCAAGUGGGGCGAAGUGGGGAGAAGCGAAGCGUGGAGGAGGGCUGGGGAGAAGGGGAAAGGACGCUAAGCUAGGUGCAGUUACGGGAGGGACAGCCACAGCAGCAGCAGCAGCAGCAGCAGCAGCAACAGCAGCAUCGGCAGCACCAGCAGCCGGAGCACCCGCUGCAGCAGCAAUGGCAGCACCGGUAGAAGGCCAAUCAGCUCAGAGCAAUUCAAUAGGAAGGGUGAAAGGAGGCCUUCGCAGCACAAGUGCGAGUGCGAUGGGUCAGGCUACUGGCGCAGGAACAAGUGCAGGAGCAGGAGGAGCAGCAGGAGCAGGGGGAGCAGGAGGAGCAGGGGGAGCAGGGGGAGCAGGAGGAGCAGGAGGAGCAGCAGGAGCAGCAGGAGCAGGGGGAGCAGGAGGAGCAGCAGGAGUAGUGGUAACCAUCAGUCGUAAACCUAACCUUAACAACAGAAGAGCAGCAGCGCCAUUCGUUCAUUUAAACGGCACUAAGGAGAGUCAACAGCAGCAAAAGAUGCAGCCGAGUGCAACAGCGGUAACACCUGGAGGAGCAGCUGGCGGGCCGGGGUCAAGGGCAGCAAACAACAUGAGCAGUGCACGUGAGCAGAUGCAGCGAAGGGCCAGCAGCGGAUCAGUGCCGGGAGCAGAGCACAGUGAAACGAGCAGCAAGUUCAACCAGCAGAGGCGGCCAUCCCUGGACGUGUGAAGCACAAGCAAGGCAUGGGUGCCCACCCAUGCAGGGAAUGGGUAACCAUUCCAGUCAUGGGAUUGAGACGUCUCAAAUCGAAACUGGGCGUGUGAGGCAUGUGCAAGGCAUGGGUACCCGUGCGUGGAACGGCUAAGCGGUCAAAGAAUGCCUGGUGGGAGCAUUACUGCCACUUCACUUGUGGCAGCAGCAGCAGUGGUGGCAGCAGCAGCAGUGGUGGCACAGCAGCACCUCUUUGUAUUAUAUUCUAACAAGUUUGCUUGGGUUGGUGAUGGGGAGAGUUGACGUCUCUGCAAUAACUGGAACUCAUUUCAUUUGUUUUAAUUUAUUUCAUUCAGUUUGGACAUUUGCUGUCUCGGCCAAUUCCUAUGAAGUAGCAUCACCACUGUUGGAAAUAUUGUCAAACAUGUUUAUUGAUCAUGUUUGUAUAGACUGUAUAGG